AUGUCCGAUGGUGAUGAUGAUGAUUUGGAUGAUAUAUGUGUAGAGCACAAUUCGAUAUCACAAAGACCCUUGAAUCAGAUGUAUUCUUACGUCUCCUCAUCCUCUUCUUCUUCCUCUUCUUCCUUGCCCUCCUCCUCUUCUUUCCCAUCUUCCUGCUCAACCAAGGGACAAUCCACAGCAACAACUCAACAACAUGAACCCACCAAACCAUCAUCUACAAUGAUCAUGAUAUCACAGCCAUCCUCUUCUUCAUCUUCCUUCUCCACCACCAACAGCAACAGCAACAGCAACUUCAACAACGACAUCAACAACAACAGCAAAACCUCAACCUCCCUCUCUCUUUCACAAGCAGUCACGCCCCCAGACCUACUUCAACUUCAACACCACGACCCUUUAAACCCUCAAACCACCCACCAACUUGAUUCCCCUUCGCCAUUGAUGUCCAAUAGAGAUACGGACCAUAUGCACACCGAUACUUCUACCUCUACAGGUACUUCUCCCUCUACUUCUUCCUCUACCUCUACCACCACUACCUUUUCCUCUCCAGGCAACUCUACUCCUACCUCUACUCCUACCUCGGAUACCUCUCCAGAUACUUCUACCUCUACAGGUCCUCACCACCAAAAGCCCACGCACCACACCCGCCGCCGCCUGCAAGUCCGCCGCGCCCAGUCCUCCCACCGCCAACGAAAAGCCGACUACAUCAAGCGUCUGGAGCGCGAGAUUGCGAGUAUUCGGGGGAUGAUUGAUCAGAUGAAAGAAGAUAUGGAAGUGUUGAGAGGGGAGAAUGAGGAUUUGGGGGUGAUGGCGGUGAGGAGAUGA